AUCUCAUCAAAAGGUAGAGUAAUUGCCCACAUCGCCCAGUCCCAGACCCAGCUGCUGAGCUCCCACUGCCACCGCCAUACUCGAGGCUGGCCAUGAAGGCUCCCGCCGACCACCACCACCACCACCACUCCUCCACGCCGCCGCCGGCGACCAAGAUCUCCAUCCCCAUCUCGGCCGCCGCCGGCGGGGCGGAGGCGGCGCUGCUCGGGAAGGGGCGGUACAAGGCGUGGGCGCUCGCCGCCAUCGCGCUCCUCGCGCUCUGGUCCAUGUUCGCCGCCUCCGUCACCAUCCGCUGGUCCUCCGGCGACCUCGCCGCCGAGUUCGGGGACCUCCCCGACCCGCUUAUCGACGACCUCGACCCCCUCGAGAUGGAGGACAGAGAGAAGCUAGUGCGCCGGAUGUGGGAUGUGUACACACGCACCGGUGUUGAUCGGGUACGGCUUCCACGGUUCUGGCAAGAAGCAUUCGAGGCUGCAUAUGAGGAGCUUGCUGGUGAUGAUACGCAGGCUAGUGAGACGGCAGUAUCUGAGAUUGCUCGCAUGUCAGUCCACAGGCCUGAACUUGAACAAUCGUCGAACAAGUAUUAGAAAUAAAUGUGUAACAUUUGGUGAAGUGGAGAUGGUAGUUGGAACCUGAAUAAGUAUUUAGGAUUAUGUAAAAAUUUAAUAUCCCACUUGAAGAUCACUUGCUAAAUAUGAUCACAGUUUACUUGGUUUGUUAGCCAAUGCAAAAAUUCCACUUCUCUGCAGUAUGCAAAGCUUAAGCAUAUGCUGAUGACACAGCAAAAUCCCACUUCCUUGUAAAGUUUUUUGGGAUCCAGAGUAACCCAAAUGAGAAUAUACCAAAUUUCGGUAAUCUCCUGAACAUAUUGUGAUUUGUGAAAAGAUCAAUCACAAUAAAUUUGGAAUUCGGGAAUCACUUGUACCCAUGUUUUAAUCACCCAUGAACAAAAACUGUUUUUGUA